AUGACUACUUCCAAGCCAGUGAAAACUAUUUGCGUGUUUUGCGGAUCUUCCUUUGGAAAGAACGCUUCUUUUGCUGAAAGUGCUGCUAAACUCGGUGAGCUUUUGGCCUCCAGAAACUGGGGUCUUGUCUAUGGUGGCGGGUCCACCGGUUUGAUGGGAGCUGUGGCUCGUGCUAGUGCUACUAACGGUGGCUACGUUCAUGGUAUCAUUCCAGAAGCUUUGAUUUCUAGAGAAAGAACAAGCGAUAACGAAUUUAACGAUAAGUUGAAGGAAGGCAUCAACAAUCACGAUGGCUCUACUCCACUUCCUGACUCAGACUUAUACGGUAAGACGACACUCGUAAAGGAUAUGCACACGAGGAAGAGAUUAAUGGGUGAGGAGUCGGACGCCUUUGUUGCGUUGCCAGGUGGAUACGGUACGUUGGAGGAGUUGAUGGAGGUUGUCACUUGGCACCAGUUGAACAUUCACAGCAAGCCUAUUAUUAUUUAUAACUUGAACGGGUUUUACGAUAGCUUUUUGAAGUUUAUCGAGGAGGCAAUCCAGGCUGAGUUUGUUUCCCCUAAGAACGGUGAGAUCAUAAAGGUGGCCCAGACUGCUGAGGAGGUCUUGGAGGCCAUCGACCACUACGAGGUUCCUGACGGCAGAUUCAACUUAAAAUGGGAGACUACGUGA